AUGUCUUACUACUUCAGCAUCAUUGGAAACAACGAUGCACCUCUUUAUGAGUUGGAAAUAGGAACUUAUCAUCAAUCGGGAGACGGAACUCCGCAUUUACCAAAGGAAAUUCAUCAGCUUGAACAGUUCAUAGUAAACUCUUCACUAGAUAUUCUUCAGGACAUCCAGUUUAAGAACAACGCUAUAUUUACAAAGAAUCUUGACAAUUUCUACGGAUAUCAAAUAUUCUCCUACUUGACUCAAGGAAAUGCCAAGUUCAUCAUAUUAACAGAUCUGAAAAGCCAUGACGAGAGCUUACGUCAGUUCCUAAUAGAGAUAAAUGAGCUCUACGUUAAGACUCUUUUGAAUCCAUUUUAUACAGUUAAUAAUCCUAUAACGAGUUCUGGAUUUGAUACCAGGGUUCGAUUAUUAGCGAGGAAGUAUCUUUAG